AACAAACCCGCACUAAGCAAAUCGACAUGAAGAUUUUUGUUUGUUUGUUAGCGUUGGCAGUUGCCACGUGCAAGGCCGGAUUUGAAGGUGGGUAUGAUCAGUCAGGGGGCAAUAGCAUAGGAGACAAUGGAGGUGGCUAUCAAUUCUCCAGUGGCGGAGAUGGAGGCGGUGGCCAUGGAGGCGGUGGCCAUGGAGGCGGCGGCCACGACUUUGGAGGCGAGCAACUUCAGGAAUAUUCUGGAGGCCAGGGUGGACAUUACGGUGGACAGGAUGACUUCUCUGGCAACCAAGGUCACGGCCAAGACUUCGGUGGCGGUCAUGGAAACGAGCAGACUGUUGCUCUUAUUCAAAAUCAAGAUUUCGGACACGGGCAGCAGAACUUUGAUUUCGGCGGUGGUCACGGUGGUGGUCAUGGUGGUGGCCAAAAUUUCGGUGGCGACUCUUACCUUCAAGCAGCGCAUGAUUUUGGACAAAACUAUGAAGGUGGUGACGGCGGUCACGGUAACCAGGGAGACGUGAGUGGCCCAGAAGUUAACCACGAACAGUUUAACGGACAAGGUUUUGGAGGCCAAGGUGGAUAUGGAGGCCACGGUGACCAGGGUCACGGCCAACAGGGUUUCAUCCUUCACGAUGGAGGCAACGAAUUCGGUGACCAGCACAACUUUGGACACGCUCAAGCUUUUCCUGUAGGCGAACAUGUUGAUGAAGAACACCCCGUCGAAGUACCUUUAUACAAACAUGUGACUUAUCCAAUCCACAAGCCUAUCCACGUUAGUGUACCCAAGCCUAUUCUUGUUGGUAUUCCUCAGCCUUAUCCAGUCAAGGUGCCUGUCCACAAGCCUGUAGCUGUGCCUGUUGAAACUGAAAUCAGUAUUCCCAUUGAAAAGGUUGUCCCAUACCCCGUUGUCAAACAUGUCCCUUAUCCAGUGGAGAAACAUAUCCCAAUCAGGAUUGAGAAGACCAUCCAUGUUCAUGUACCUCAACCUUAUCCCGUCAAAAUCCCAGUGUACAAAACCAUCCAUCAUAAGGGUCACCACCAUUAAAAGUAUUCCUGUGCCUGAAGUGUGUAUG